GAUCCGCAGGCUGGAGCGCGUGGUGAGCGGGCUGAAGGGCCGGCUGAGCCUCUUGGGCGAGAUCGCCGCCAAGGUUGGGGGGGAGGAUGUGCGGGACGUCGAGAUGAAGGAUGAGGAUAAGGAAGAGAAUGUGGGUGAGGGUGAGGUUCAGCAGCUGGAGGAGGAGAAGAAGGGGGAGGAGGAGGGAUGAGGGACGAGCGACGACGAGAUCGCGGGAAGGGAGUUCGUUUUGUGCAAUGGGCAUACUCUACGAUGACAACUUACAGCCACGCUCCUCCCUCUGUCUUUGCCUGCCUAUCAGCCACCUGCAAAAAGGUUUGCAUAGGGUGCAACGAAGCCCCGCCGAAGGUAGAUCCACUGCCGAGAGACUCGGACGAGGGAGUCCUUGCGCGCGCAGGGUGACCUGUCUACACGGCCACGGGACGCGCAUGAAGGGAGAGGGCGAGAGCGGCAACAACACACGCUGGCAAAGGUGAACAGGCAAAGAAAGAAGCGACAAGGGCAAAAGACCUUUUGCCAUAUGCGUUGUCGAAAGAUAUGAGCUCGUGGUAUCGAUCGGGCGGCCGACUUUUCACGACCAUGGUUGACAGCAACCUUUGAAGAGGCACUAGGUAUCGUUGAAGAUACACACUCUGGGCCUUUUCCUUUUGGGCAUCCACCCUCCCAUUUUCCUCUCCUCGCCAGCCAACAAAUCCCCACAGUCGUUGAAAUCUGAGAGUUCCCAUUACAACCCGACACACCGCCAAAACGCCAAAUGCACAUCACAUCAUAACAACUUCGUUUUUUCUUCCAGAGAGGUCGGGAACACUGUGCUCCCCCCAAUUUACACCGGCAAAGGGAAACUCGAAGCCCAUUCGGCAACCUCGGCCCUCAACUUCUUGAUCUCGUCCACGGUCUCGCUGCUCACCUUCUCCUUGAAAUCUUUCAGCUUGUUGGCCUCCUUGGGCAGCUCCGCCUGGACCUUCUUGCACAGCUUGAUGCUCGUGUCAAUGUACCGGGCCACCUUUUUGAAGUCCUCCUCGCCGAACCCGCGCGAGGUCAUGGCCGGCGUGCCAAUGCGGAUGCCGCACGGGGUCAGCGCCGACUUGUCGCCGGGGAUGCUGUUCUUGUUGCACGCAAUGUUGAUCUGCUCCAACACAGCCUCGACCCUCGCGCCGUCGAGAGACUGGGGUCGAAGAUCCAGCAGCACCAUGUGUGAGUCGGUCCCGUCUGAGACAAGCUUGUAGCCCAACUCCUUGAACUCAACUUCCAGCGCCUUGGCAUUCUUGAGCACCUGCUCCUGGUACGCACGGAACUCGGGAGUCGCCGCUUGCUUCAGGGCGACUGCCAGCGCGGUGAUGGUGUGGUUGUGCGGGCCGCCCUGGUGGCCCGGGAAGACGGAGAAGUUGAUGGGGCCUUCGAGAUCGUAGAGGAUUUGUUUGCCCGUCUUGGGGUCGGUGCUGCGAAUGCCCUUCCGGUAGAAGAUCAUUGCGCCUCGGGGACCACGCAGGGAUUUGUGGGUGGUCGUGGUGACCACGUCGGCGUAUUCGAACGGGCUGGGGAUGACGCCCGCGGCAAUCAAUCCCGAGAUGUGUGCCAUGUCCACGAUCAGGUACGCACCGCAUUUGUCUGCGAUUUGUCUCAUGCGGGCGUAGUCAAUCAGGCGGCAGUAUGCGGAGGUCCCUGCAACGAUGCACUUGGGGCGGUACAUGAGAGCAUUCUCUUCGAGGCGAUCAUAGUCGAUGAUACCGGUCUCGAGGUUGACUCGGUAGGGGAAGGUCUCAAAGUAGGUCGAGACUGCGGAUAUCCUGGGUUUCCUGUCAACACAAUGACCCUUCCUCAAACGACACAUGUUUGUUGGGGUUGAUGGGGUUUGUUUUCCAGAUGUGGUUGUGCUUACUUUCGCUGCGCC